AUGAGAAGUUUGCUUUUAAUAACGGCACUUAGCGCGAUUUUUCUAAGAGAAUCAUUUGGUAAACCAAUGGAAAAGAUGGAUAAUUCUGAUGUGUUAGAUCCCGUUGCCUUGACUGUAAACGAAUCCUCCGAAAUUGAAGCCACGAGAGAGCAAAGAUCGCCGCAAUUCGGUUUGUUAGGUGGUUACAGUGAUUAUGAUUACGAUGAUGCGUAUUUCCGUUACGGAAACAAGCGAAAAUAUCAUCAUUAUAAACCGUUUCGAUCUCAUAGGCCACAUGGUCUCAUCGGAGGAUAUGGAUGUCGUGGAGGAUAUGGCUGUGGUGGAGGAUACGGAGGAUGGCAACCGGACUAUGGCGGCCAUGGACAAGGAGCGUCCUUUGCCUCAGCAUCAGCAGGAUCUGUAGGUGGAGGUGGUCCUUAUGGUGGAGGACACAGCCAAGCGAAUGCACAGAGCGCGAGUUUUAACAUCGGGCCUUUCUCAGCCUCGUUCAGCGCUGCUCAAUCGUUGGGACAAACUGGAUUCUGAAUUUUUAAACGCUCCAAGGAGUAGCUAGGCGGCCUCGAAUCACCCCUAAUUUAUUUCACCAUCAUCGUCUCUCCGCCAUCAUUGUGGGCCCAUUGUUUACAAACAUUCUACGUCACUCACUAGAAGCAAGUAAAUAAGCCUAACCGCGUGCGUGAGCCACCCUCUUGCCUCUUGCGAGAGGAUUUCCUGAGCGAGCAAGUUUUCUUUGUCCGCAUGCCAGCCACCAGAUGUUCUCCAAAAUAAAACCGACAAAAUAUCGCGACAUAGCGCCGCGAUUCGUACAUGAACAAGCGAGACGGAGGACAAAUCUGACGCGAGAAGAGCAAGGAUGGAGGAACCACGAAGAAUGACGAAGUGGGGGGGAGACGCCGCGAGACGGAGGGUCGCUGGAUAAACGGCACAAAGGGAUAGGAAGCCGAAGGGAGGAGGGCCCUGUUAAGAGCGAGGGCCCCUGAAAUCGAGAUCCGAAAAGCCCCGUGCAAUGACCGGACGAACCGCACACGCGAUCUUCGCCAGCGCAGCAUCCUCCGUUUCGAGAUACUCUCCUCUCUUUGGAGAGGCCAAGAGGAGUUUCGAGGAUGGAUGCACAAGACGCGCUCGUCGAAGAAAGUUAUGAAUCUUCAACGAGAAACAGUUUAUUUAUGUGUUACUGUAGUAAAAAAUACCAAUGGACCAAUUUCAUUAUUCCAGUG